AUGACCGCAGACCGUCCGAAUCUGUGCAAAUCCGCUAGCGAGAGCGCUCUACGGGUCCCGACCCCUGAUGGAACAUCAAGUGGCAGGUCAACACCCGGCGAGAAUGGGAGCAUGGAUCUCAAUGUGGAGGUAGCAGCCCUCAGUAAUAAGCUCAUUAAUGCGAUCAAUCAUCAGACCCAAUUGGACGACUCGCUCUCGCAAACAAGACAUGAAUUGGAGAUUUCCCGUGCAAGAGUUAAGCAAUUGGAGGCGGUGGCCAGGGAGAACACUGACAUGUUGGCCAAGGGGCUGCUGGUCAAGAAGUCGGACAUUGAGGCCGAAACGAAGCAGCUCAAAGACCGCUUAAAUGAAGAGAGGAGGUUGAGGACCAAGGCUGAAGAAGAAAAAAGGGUCAUAGAACGGGAAUUGGAAGGUUUAACAGCUGCUUUGUUUGGUGAGGCUAAUGAGAUGGUCUCCGUAGCGCGGCAAAAGGAAGAGGCGGUUGAUAAGAAGAAUGAGCAGCUGAGAUCUCAAUUAGCUGAUACUCAGCUCCUUUUGGCUUCUCACCAGGAGCAACUCGCCGAAUUAAAGCAAGUAAUCCAGCAAAUGACAGCGGAGAAAGAGGAAGCAGAGACCACUAUGUCUACCGGGACACCUUCAACUCCGGCGCUUGGGAGUAGGACGAGCAAAGAAUCGUUAGGUCGUGUCUUUGAGGCCUUGCACUUGUCUCCCGACCUGGCCACUAUCGAAGAUGUACAGCCGUGCCCGCCUACAUCCCUAACGAGCUUGAUAUAUCCUGUCCUUAGGCAUGAUAUCCCAGCCUAUCUCGAUUUCUGUGAGGUUUUGCAUUCUCCGAAAGGAGGUACCAAGACUUCGCCCAUACCCCGACUGUCAAGCGGCUCUUUUUCGCCUAUACAAGCUAUGGGUAUCGGAAUGGGUAUUUCCUAUGGUUCAUCAUCAACCAGCAACUCCUCCACCGGGCUCUCUAGUGCCCUGUUUGGAGCUAGGGUGGACAAGGGCAGUGAUGGCCGUCCAGCAAGUCCGGCGGGUGUCGGCUCCGCUAUCAAUGGCAAUGCUCAGCAGCAGAUCGGACUCGCCUUAAAGGAAACUAAAUUUUAUAAGCGAGUUUUGGUUGAAGAUAUUGAACCUACUCUCCGGGUCGAUUUGGCGCCUGGGCUUUCCUGGCUGGCUCGCCGGAAUGUGUCCUCAGCAAUCAUUGAUGGCUCCUUGCAAAUCGAUCCUCUUCCUAUGAAUUCGAAAUCCAGUGCCGUUAGUUGCUCCAUGUGCGGUGAGAGCCGGUUGGACGAGCAGCAUGUCAGGACUCAUCAGAUGCGCACGAGCGAUAGUGCAACUGCCCUGAGACACAUGCUAUGUACCUAUUGUGUCAACCGCACAAGGAGUGUUUGUGACUUUCUGGCAUUUCUACGAACUCUCAAGGAGGGCAUGUGGAAGUGUGACAGUGAAGGUGAUGAGAAGCAUGCGUGGGAAGAAUGCAUCAAGCUGAGGGAGCGUAUGUUUUGGUGCAGAGUCGGGGGCGGGGUAAUACCAGCCUUUAUUCACAGGGAAUCGGCGAGAAAUUCUGAGGAUCACGGCGGAGCUGGGAGUUUGAGGCCUGCCGGUGACGAGACCCCACGUGAUCUGCAAUCUCCUAGGACACCAGAAUUGAGAGGAUGUGAAGGCCAGGUGAAACUGGAGGUUCCCAGGAGGAGAAUAAGUAGGGAAUUACCACCAAUUGUCCCUGGGAAGGCUUCUGUUAGCGAAACUCCUUCGCCGAUAGCUCCUUCGCCGGUCGACAAGGAGCUUCCCCCACCUCCUAGAAUCUCCCUCGACAGCACCGCGAAUGAAGAGGCAACUAUUGAGAACCAAGAGCCGUCCUGGGAGAACGGUCCUGCUGUUGGCAUGACCUCGGAGCAUUCACCCCCCGCAGUCUCAAAGCAACCCAUCGAGCCCGAAUCGUUGGCUGCCCCGAUCGCAAAAACACCUGGACCGCCUGCGACCACUACUAAAAAGGAGCCCACUGCGCCCGCUGGCGCAGCCGGGUCAGAUAUGGAGAUUCCUCAAGCAGUUCCAGGAGCUUGGUAGUAAUCCUCUAAGGCGUUUAUAAUACUGGAGAUAUUAUUUUAUACGAAAGAUAAUGGAUUGCUGAAGCUAGAUUUUCGUCCGGGGGGGUGUUAUGGGCAAAUGUUUUAUGUUGGACUAAUGCAAUGGGGAAGGGGGGGAUUUUGCUGGGGCCGAGUAUUUAUUUUUAUUUUUAUUUUUAUUUUUAUUUUUUUCCUUCUUAAUAUUAUACUUCUUUCCUCUCUCUUUCCUCUCUCUUCUCUCAACUAGCUUCUUUCCUGAUAUAUAGUUUUACCACGAUUCCAUCGUCCAACUGUGUUUGUUUCUCUGGAGUUCUUUUCCUAUCCCCCCCCC